AUGAUACGGACAAUUGGCUUAUCUGUUAGACCCAAUGUCGGAUCUUUCGUGAGAGCUGGGGUUAGGCCACUUCUCGCGAUAAGAUCAAAGUCAAACCUCUUGACAAGGCCCUUGAACAGAAUCCCCCCACUUUUAACACUGAAAAGAUUGUUUUCAAGCGAUGUAGAGGAGUUGAAAAGUGAAGACAAGAAUGAAACUGAUAUUUCUGCUUCCUCUACCGGUGUAAUUGACGUUAAGGACCGUGAAGAGGUGAUCAUAUACUUUGACCAGAUCUACCCUUUGGCUCUUUCCAAAUACUCGCUAAAGCACUACUUUUACUGGUUUAGUCGGUUCCAGCAUUACUAUGAAGAUUCCACCAUAAAGGCAAGGGUGAUGAAACUAGCUAAUACUUCUGAAAGCCCUCUCUCUCCUGAAACGAAGAUCAUUGACUUCAUCCCCAUUAAGAGGGACGGAGGAGCUUUUGUAAAGUUCCAGGUUCCACAUGACUCCACACCAAAGGAAUUGAUUAACCAGAUCUGCGAUAACUUCAAGAAAAAUGAGCUGACGGAGGGCUACCAAUAUAAGUUGUUAAAUAAGUUGGUGGAUUAUUACCCUAAGUGCUUCCAAGUCAAGGGUACCCCAUGGAUUGAGGAUUUGAGAAGAUACCCUAGUCCCAGAUUGAAGGUCAAAUUUGAAGGGGAACCUUUGACUGAGGAAGAGUUGUAUUUUCUUUUCAGAAGAUACGGUUUAAUCGUAGAUAUUCUCCCUCCGACCAGCACUCAGUCUUAUGCAAUUAUUUUGUUCAGAAAUUUCAGAUCGGCCAUUUCCGCUAAGAACUGUAUAACGGGAAUCAAGUUGAACAAGGGCAAAACUUCAUUGCACUUACAAUAUGAACAGUUGAAGAAAAUGAACUAUCUUACUGAUUUUAUUGUUAAUCAUCAAAGAAUUUCUGUUCCAGCCAUUUUAGCCCUUUUGACCACUUUAGCCGUUUUAGUGUUCGAUCCCAUCAGAGAAUGGUUCAUUCAACAGAAGGUUACCCAUAAAUACUCUAUUGAGACUUACAAAGACAACAGAUACUUCAAGUAUGUUUACAUGCCAUACAAAAGUAUUGUGUCAUGGUUAGGAAGUGGUUAUGACUAUAUAGAUGACAGGGUAAAUGCCAACUGUGAGAAAUCCAAAGAAUUGUUACAGAGAAAUUUCAGUCUAGCAUUGAAAGAUGGUAACCAAUUUAAUGGUACGGACUUUGAUGAUGAUGAUGAUGAUUCCGAUGAUGAUUCAGCGCAUCCAAAUAUACUCUGGAUGGAAAGAUUUGAAAAGGUAAAACAAUUGAAACUAUGGAUUUAUGAAAAUAUUAAUACAUUUAUCGUUGUCAAGGGGCCAAAGGGCUCUGGGAAACAAGAGUUUGUCUUAGACCAUACCUUGCUACCAGAUGAAAAAUUGAAAAAGAAGAUCCUUUACAUUGAUUGUGAUAAUCUUGUCAAGGCUAGAUCUGAUAAUGCAAUGUUGCAGGCAACUGCUCAUCAGUUGGGUUACUUCCCUUUGUUUACUUGGACGAACUCUAUUCUGCAGUUCAUCGACUUGGGUGUCCAGGGUAUUACCGGUCAAAAGUCUGGAUUAAGUGAAUCAAAGGAAACUCAAUUGAAAAACAUGUUCCUGUUAACGACCCAAGCCUUAAGGAAGGUAGCAUUAGAAGAUUACUCCACGUACAAGAAGGCUGUUUUGAGAAAGCAAAGAAGAAAAGAAAGGGACGGUAAGAAGCCAGAAGCCGAUGAUGAUACUUCGCCUCUUCUUGAGGAUGAGCUUUUAAAGGAAGAUCAGUACUUACAGCAACAUCCAGAAUGUAAACCGAUUAUUGUUAUUAAUAAAUUUUUGCUUAAGUCGGAUAGCAAUCAAGACUUCAUUUAUAAAAUGAUUGCUGAUUGGACUUCUCAAGUUGUACAAUCGAAUAUUGCACAUGUUAUUUAUAUUACACACGACGUCGGAAGUGUACAACAUUUGACUGAUUCCUUGCCCAACCAGGUUUUCAAAACCAUUGGAUUAUCGGAUGCAACUGCUAAGUCUUCCAAGCAAUACGUGUUGAACCAAUUGAAUGGUACGAACUAUAGUAGAAGUGGAAAUAUUGAUAUGUGCUUAGAACCAAUAGGCGGUAGAAUGCUUGACUUACAAGCAUUCAUUAGACGUGUGAAAUCAGGCGAAUCUCCUGAUGAGGCUCUUGAUGAGAUGGUAAAUCAGGCAGCAGAACAAAUUACAACAUUUUUCCUUAACAAGAGCAUUAAAAGUACCGCAGCCUCCGAAGAUAACUGGCUGCCAGCUCAAGUUUGGGCAAUCAUGAAAAUUUUAUGUCUGAAAGAUAAAAUUGACUAUACGGAACUUACAAAGAAUCCACUUUUCAAAUCCAAUAAAGACACUUUAUCAACUUUAUCAACCUUAGAAAAGCAUGAUCUUAUAUCUUUGGCGAGAGAUAAGGGAAUCUUGAGCACAAUUUCAACGGGUAGACCUUUGUAUAGAGAAGCUUUCAAAAACUUAGUUUACGAUGAUAAUAUCUUCAAGAUCUACGAAAGUGACUAUUUUGCCGAUUUGAUCCAAAUUGAAAAUAACAAGAUUGCUAAAUUGGAAGAUGAAAUUAGCAAGAUAUCGCAUCUCAGCGAUGCGAAGUUGCUAAAGAAUAGAUUGGAGUAUGUCCACGAUAAAAUUUCAGCCUCCACUGAAAAUAUCAUCAAUUAUGAAUCUUGCAUAAAGGAUAUCGGUGUAACUAAGAAAAGUGACGGAAUGUGGUCAAAGAUUGGGCUCUGA